AUGAACAGGCUAUUUGAGAACUACAAAAAAGAUGGUCCAAGCCGACGAACUGAGUCUAACAUCAAUAACAAGUUGACUGGCCUCGACGGAUUCUGGCAAGAGUUUCAAAGCAAUCAUGCAAGGCUGGUAGCAUUCCAGAACGAGGAUUGCACUUAUUAUGCCGAAAAGACUUAUAACAAAACCAAAACCUUCUACGAAUCAGCUAGGUCUGUAUUGCUAGAUCAUUUGGAAACAGCUAAAAGCGCUCCUCUAACAACGAGACCUAGGCCAAUCUCACAGAAACCGGCAGAACACCCUUCGUCAGCAAUGCCCAAUUGGGCCGAAGAAAAAACAAAAAGUGAAGAAGUGCACCCUGGGCCAUCAAAUCACCAGAGCCGUGCCGUCCCUCAAGACCAACAAUCUGAGAAUCAAGAAAAGACGGCCACCCGGGCUCCAGUCAAUACAGGGUUCGCAAUUCCACCUAUUUUUAAUUUCACCGAACAACCAAGCCUCGAUGCUGCCAAGUUGUCAGAGAAGAUGAGAAAACAACAGAGCAACUUCAAGGCCUUCGCGCAUACUUUACAUUACAUAGACCUCUCCACGAUUAAUGAAAAGUGGGAAUUGGAAGAUUUACUUAAAUCAGUCCAGUCUCGUUGGGCAACCAUUGACACUCUGCACUGGGAUAUCGACAGUGAACUUCUCGAAGACGACGAAACCUAUAAUCAAACGUUCUACAAAUAUGAGAAGAAAUUCCAAGACAUCAAAAAAUCUAUCAAUUCGAAAAUAUGGUCCAUGGCUCACCGUGAGAAAUCAACCCCCGUCAUGGACAUACCGCCGUUUAGUGGGAACUACCAACAGUGGGUUUCAUUCAAGGAUCUAUUUAAUGAAGCCAUACAUCAUAAUCGCUCCAUGUCCAACGCACAAAAGAUGCAAUUUUUGAAAAACAAGGUCAGAGGUGAAGCUGAAAAACUUAUUCAACAUCUCAACAUCAGCUCAGAAAAUGAUGAAACCUGCUGGGAAAUCUUAAACCACAGGUACAACAACACGAAACUAAUUUUCACCGCCCACCUCAAUAACCUGCUGUCGCUAUCAACAAUGCAACAACAAUCAUAUCAACAAAUCAAGCGUUUACAUGACACCACCAACGAGUGCUUAAACGCCAUCAGGAAUCUCGGCGUGGACACCUCGUCAUGGGAUCCGCUUAUAGUCCAUAUUUUAUCACAAAAGUUGGACGCGGAAAGUCAUACGGAGUACGUCGAAUCAUUAAAGAACCCACGUGACUUGCCGACCUUAAAGGAAUUCCUAGAUUUCCUAGAAAUGAAGUUUACAUCAUUUGAAGCAAGCCGUCGCAAGUUGGACACACCAAAACCAUCCCAACAAUCAGAAACAUCAAGAAAACCUUACUACAAAUCAUUUGUAGGCAUAAAGGAUUCAUCAUUAUCACAAAAUAAAUCAAAUGAUGUUAAAUCAAGCUAUUAUCAAAGAAAACAUUGCCCAGUUUGUAAUAAGAAUCAUGGCAUAUUUAAUUGCGAAACAUUUCAAAGUGCAAAGCCAGAACGCAAACGGAGCAUUAUUGCAAGUUUGAAUUUAUGCAAAAAUUGCCUUUACAAUCACUACGAUAAGGAAUGUUUUUCAACAAGUCGAUGCCGCACGUGUCAGGAAAGACAUAAUAUACUCGUCCAUGAUGCCUACAGUCAGAAACAAGACACUUCCGACCUGCUUAAUAAACGGAAAACUGUUGCAACUAUUACGCAAGAAUGUAAUAAAAAUAUAGAAGUUUUAUUACCAACCGCCCUCAUCAAAGCAAGGGCAGUAGAUGGAACUUAUCACAUUCUGAGAGCAUUUAUUGAUCCUGGAGCACAGAUGUCACUGAUCACGGAGGCUGCGGCUCAACUUCUACAAAUACCCCGAGAAAGCUGUGACGACACUAUGUAUGGCCUCGGCAUUACUGGAAACACCUGCAACGGCGUUAUAAACGUCACCAUGUCAUCAAUGCAUUGUGACUUUCAAUUUAACGGAGAGUUAUUUAUCAUGAAUAAACUCACUCUUCCAUUACCGAAUCAAACCUUCAUCAAACCCGAUCUGUCGUACUUAAGAGGACUUCCACUGGCAGACCCGGAUUACAACAUCAGCCGCCCUAUCGAUAUAAUCUUGGGAACAGAAAUCUACGCUAAAUUCGUCCAAAAUGGUACCAUAAUAAAAGGCGACGACCUUCCUGUAGCUCAGAAAACUAAACUUGGGUACAUCAUAAACGGAAAGGUCCCACUGCCAUCGUAUCAAUGCUGCACCGUCGUCAACAACAUGACUGAUAUCUCACGCUUCUGGACCAUAGAAGACAUCAAUGAAGCAUCAAGUUUGUCAUCAGAAGAUCAACAUUGUAUAAACUUCUAUCGCGAAACUACAUUUCGACAAGAAGACGGAAGAUACGUCGUUCGAUUGCCGUUAAAGCCAGAGAUAGUAUAUUGA